GUUUGCAAGAUCAAUUCGCAGAAAAAUGGAAAUGGGGGAUGCGGUCGAAGGAGAAGGAAGAUCGGAGACGGAGUUCACGGAGAUCGAGACCACCGCGGACUCCCUUGACAGCGCUGUCGUUUUCCACGUCGUCACAGACAUUCUAGGGUUCGUUCUUUUCAUGCACCAGCAAAUCCCUUCUAUUUUGCAGGAUAUCAGUCUUGAAUUCGAAGGACUGCAAACAGAGUAUAGAGAAUUGGAGACUGUUCUUGCACAAACUGAAGUGAAGGCAUCUAUGCGGAGGAUGCAUGGUGGGAGAAUGAGAGAGGUCAAACGGGGGAUCAAAAGACUGGAAAAAAUGAUGAAAACAGUUUCUAGUAUCCGAACUGCCCUGCAAUUGGUGAUUUGUGUGAUUCCAAAUGUCCAGCAAGUCAUGUUGGUUCUCGGACCUAGUCCAAUGCGCCCCCAACAUGUUUAUGAGGUGUGCUUUGCACAUGGGAAGGUUGUCUACAGCCGUGCUGGUGAUUUCACAAAAACUAGAGCAGCAGAGGGGCUUUCGAGAAAGGCUAUUCGGACACUGAUUUCCAAGGGUGCAGGAUCUGAUUCUUAUGCUGGCCCUACCAAGUUGUUUCUGUUGGUUAAAGCACCCUCUUCUCUCACUGUGCCUUCGCAUUUUCUGCCCAAGCGUGACUUCAAAUACAGCAAAAAGAUAGUGCCUUUCAGGUUGCGAUUCAAGUGUAAAACCCGAGAUCAAGAAAUGGACGAUCCAAAUCAAGGUGCUCAAACUGUUGACAAUAUCAGUUUGAUGGAUCACACUUCAAAUGAUUUGAUCUGGUAUCAGUGUCGACACAUAAUCAAGGGCCUAGUGACCAAGACAUCACCAACGGAAGAUUGAGAACGUGGAUAUGAAAACUUGGAGAGAAUUUGGGUCAUCCUUUUUGACGGUGACAUGCCAUGGUGCGGUUCCAAUGACCAGGGACUGUUCAUAACUUUCUUGCCAUGUUCACGCUGGUUAGACUAAGGCCCGAGUCGUCUUUAUGUUGAAACUCAGAAUAUUUCAUCUAUAAUGGAGUAGCUGGGUCUUUUAUUCUUUGCAUGCAUUAAUCCUAUUUGUUUGAACAGAUAUUUUGGAUGUACUGUGUAGAACUCCGGAAGGCAAGACCCCUCUUGCAUUUUAUGUACAAGCUCAUCGUUUCAACUGUGCGCGGAUCUCGAAUUUACCUUUUCUCAUUGAAAUUUGAAUGUUCAUGUACAUGCCAGCUCAAU